ACUUCCACCGAUUGCGGCACCUUUGUCUCUGCACGUUCUGGAACAAACCAAUCAAGUUAAGGAAGCGAAAGGGCUUAGCACUCUAUGGGUGAAUCCCUUCUAAAAGACAAAGCUAAGGAUUUGUUGCCAUAGUAACAAUGAUCAAUCUUGUUACGCGACAAGUUCUUCAAUGAAGAUUAUCUGGCUGGCCUUCAAGUGGAUUAAAUAAUGGCAUUCACUGACUCAUAUCAAGGCUGGCAUUGUUAACACGUGAUCGAUCCUGCUGCUAAGCAACAGUUGAAACGAACCAAGGGUUGCCAUGGAAACAUGAUGAAAAUGAGGGACAAAUUCUUUCAAAGAUAAAGGAAAUCGUCUCUGUCAUCGUCUCUGGAAAGCUGAGACUGAUUUGAAAUGGUUGAGCGGACACAAGCUUUUCUGACUUUGUCCUGGUGGAAAGGCCAAAAGACAGCGCGAAAUAAACAGGCUCUAAGAUAUCUUAUUUUCCCACAUUCUCUCGAGAAUUAUGUGCAAUGUCAAGCUUUAAUACUAUUUUUUCCAAACCACCCAACGCAACUUAGAAAAAAUCUCCUCAAAUUUAUAUUUUUCAAGUAAAAUAAAAUCAACUUUAUUUCACGAGGGAAAAUGCGUUUUAUAAUGUUACAAUAAUCAAAAAAAUGAUGCCCUUAAAUUUAUUUAUCAAGAUAUAUAAGAUCGGCUUAGCCGCUCAGUGGUUAUGAUAUAUGACCGAAGGGGUACGUAUACGUGCCGAAACUCAAGCCUUUUUGGAUUCUAGUUGUCAUCUAGCCAAACCCUAGAUCGAAUAUAUAAGCUGGUAGACGUAAUUCAAUCGGUAUGCGUAUAACUGUCGUAAACAUUGAGGUGAUCUUGGGGGAUGCGUUACUUAUUCAGUUGUCUAUUACAUUAGCAAUUCUGAGUUUAUUGGCGGAAAAAGUGCGCAGCCAUUUGCAUCACUUAGUAUCUGCCGUUUGUGUCGGUUUCUUAAUCUAUCUAUUUUUCAACCCGCGUUGCAAAGUUUGGAAAUUUGAUGUCUUAUAUAGCGUCGAAAUUCCUCAUUUUCAUCGACUUGACCUCAUGAAAGACCGGCUUUAGUACUUAAAUCCCAAUGCCCUAUGGUUGUAAUGGACUGAUUUAGUCUAUAAAUGUUCCUUUAUACCAAUUUAAUGGCCAUAAAAGUCAAUAUAUAUGAUCGCAGCCUUCAGGUUAAAACAGGAAUUAAAGUCAACUUUUUAUCAUUCUUAUUCGACUAAAAAAUGUGGGUUGAACGACUUUCAUAAAUUAAUGAAACAAAUUCAGAUGGCGUCUGUGUAUGUAUAAAGGGGACGCGAAAUAAAAUCCUGAUUUCAUGCA